UCCACUUUUACGUCGCAAAUUAUAAAUUUAUUUUAUAUAAAUAAAUUCCCAACGCGAAGAAGCACACGGAUCUCCGUCGCAAUUCUCUGAAUCGUGUUUCGAUCUUCUCCAACCUAUCACCGCCGUCCGUAUCAUCGUCUCCAAAUCUGUCCGUCCAGGGGAAAUUAUGGGAGCGCUAAUAUCCAAGUUCUGGUUUAUGCUUUUUCCGGGAAAGGAUUACAAGAUCGUGAUUGUAGGGUUGGAUAAUGCCGGGAAAACGACGACGCUUUACAAGUUGCACUUGGGUGAAGUUGUUACCACCCACCCUACUGUUGGAAGCAACGUUGAAGAGCUUGUUUAUAAGAACAUUCGGUUUGAGGCUUGGGAUGUUGGUGGACAGGAGAGACUAAGAACAUCAUGGGCAACUUACUAUCGUGGUACUCAUGCUGUAAUUGUGGUUAUAGACAGCACUGAUAGAGCCAGAAUUUCCAUCAUGAAAGAUGAACUCUUUAGGCUUCUUGGGCACGAUGACUUACAACAAUCAGUUGUCCUUAUCUUUGCAAAUAAACAAGACCUCAAGGAUGCCAUGACCCCAGCUGAAAUCACGGACGCUCUUUCGCUUCACAGCAUCAAGAAUCAUGAUUGGCACAUUCAAGCAUGCAGUGCACUUACCGGAGAUGGGUUAUAUGAUGGUCUAGAGUGGAUUAGCCAGCGGGUUACGGGAAAAUCCCCAAGUUGAAAAGGGGAAGAAAUUAAUCAAAGAGGAGAAGGUUCAUCAUUCACAUAAGCAGGGGUUCAAGGAUAGGCAAGAAGCUUGUUUUUUGUACCAUAUAACUCUAAGACUGCCUUUCCUGAUAACUCUGCAGAUCGUUUUCUUGAUUUGACAUUGAAAAUUUGUCACGUUCUACAAAAGAGGAGAAUCUUUUUGUAAACUUAUUGUAUUAGUUACCCUUUGUUCAAAAUUUGUAUACAUUCUCUUCUUCAUCGUGA